UGCAGCAGCAGCUUGUCAGACAGACAGUCAGCCCACACCUCCAGUCCCAUCUACCGUCUCCUUUAUUCCUCCACAUCUCCACUUCAUUUCCACUCGCUUCUCCCUGGUUUGCUUCCUCCUCCUCUCGCCUUCGCUGCGGAGCCUCUCAGAGAGAAAUGUCCGCCAGACCGGGAUUUUACCGGCAGGAGCUGAACAAGACUGUGUGGGAGGUUCCGGAGAGAUACCAGAACCUGACGCCGGUGGGCUCCGGAGCCUAUGGAUCAGUGUGUUCAGCGUACGAUGUGGUGUCAAGGCAGAAGGUUGCGGUGAAGAAACUGUCCAGGCCGUUUCAGUCUCUGAUCCACAGCCGCCGCUCAUACCGGGAACUCAGGCUGCUCAAGCACAUGAAACACGAGAAUGUAAUUGGGCUGCUGGACGUCUUCACACCUGCUGCAACAUUAGAGGACUUCAAUGAACUCUACCUGGUGACUAACCUGAUGGGUGCAGACCUCAACAACAUCGUCAAAUUUCAGAGGUUGUCAGACGAGCACGUACAGUUCUUAAUAUACCAGCUCCUUCGCGGACUCAAGUACAUCCAUUCAGCGGGAUUGAUCCACAGAGACCUCAAGCCAAGCAAUGUUGCAGUGAAUGAGGACUGCGAGCUAAGGAUUCUUGACUUUGGCUUGGCCAGACAGACGGACGAUGAGAUGACGGGGUACGUAGCAACUCGCUGGUAUCGAGCGCCGGAGAUCAUGCUGAACUGGAUGCACUACAAUCAGAAUGUUGAUAUUUGGUCCGUGGGGUGCAUCAUGGGAGAGCUACUGAAGGGGAAAGUCCUUUUUCCUGGCACUGACUAUAUUGACCAGCUGAAGCGAAUCAUGGAGGUGGUUGGGACUCCGACACCUGAGCUGUUAAAGAAGAUCUGCUCUGAACAUGCACAGAAGUACAUCCAGUCUCUGCCCUUCAUGCCCCAGCAGGACCUGGAGAAGAUCUUCAGAGGAGCAAAUCCACUAGCCGUCGAUCUUUUGAAGCGUAUGCUGGUUCUAGACUGUGACGGGAGGAUUUCGGCCUGCGAGGCUCUGUCCCACCCCUAUUUCGCACAGUACCACGAUCCAGACGACGAGCCAGAGGCACCGCUGUACGACCAGACACUGGAGAGCAAAGACCGAACUCUAGAAGAAUGGAAAGAGUUGGUAUUUGAAGAAGUGAACAGCUUCAAAGCACCCGGCAGUAAAACCGAUAGCCUUCAGGUGGAGCAGUGAGCCUCGUCCUGUUCUGCCUCAACCUCA